AUGCCACGCCACACUACAUCACACUACAACACACGACGUCACACAACACAACACCACACAACACCAUACCGCGCCACACUACAUCACACUACAACACACGACGUCACACAACAAAAAACCACUCCACGGCACACCACAACACAACAUCACAUCACACCACACCACAUCGCACCACACUACACCAAACCACAUCAUACACCCACCACACCACACCACACCACGCCAGACCAAAACAUUCCAUUCUACACCAAACCACAUCACAAUAAUAGAAAUGUAGAUUCCUGCUUCAUCGAAUGUGCUGUGAUGUGGGGUGAUGUGAUGUAG